CAUUUUUUUCAGUUAAUGGGGUUCUUUUGUAUUUACGUUUCUACUUCUGUGCAGAAUUAUGGUUCUCUUGACUCGACUGAAGCUGCCAAAGCUAUUGUGGAGAAAGAUUUGAGCAGUGUUUAUUCAUCUUUGUUAUCGGAAAUUGAUCACACAGUUAAGAAGUAUGCCGAUAAUCUUCUGCAUGCAAUGGAGGGAGUAAGUGCUCGGCUAUCACAAUUAGAAACUAGAAGUCGCCAGAUUGAUAACUCUGUUGAUGAACUUAAGUUGUCUGUUGGUAACAACCACGGAGUCACUGAUGGAAAAUUGAGACAGUUGGAAAAUAUACUCAGACAGGUGCAAGAUGGUGUUCAGGUGAUAAGAGAUAAACAGGAAAUAAUGGAUGCUCAGCUGCAGCUCAUGAAAUCGCAAGCUCCAAAGGUUGAGCAGGAAGCAGAAACCCACAAUACUACACAUAAGGAUUCAUCCCAACCUACAGCAUCUGCUCCUCUUCAAUCCCACCAGCAAUUUCCUCCUGUUGCUCUUACACAACCACCUUCUACCGUACCUCCUCCAAAUGCUCCUCCGCCCCCUCCUCAACAGAAUCCGCCAUACCAAGUUCAACUUCAGAACCAGUUUCCUCAGAAUCCAAUUCCCUCCCAUCCUCAGUCAGAAGCUUAUUAUCCCCCGGCUGGUCAAGCACCGGAAAACUUAAGUCAGCAGUACCAACUGCCUGCACCACAGCAGCAUCAGACUCCACCACCACCUCCACAUCAGCAAUAUCAGUCUACCCCUCCGCCAAUGUACUCUCAGCCACCUCCACCUGCUCAACCACAACCCCCUCAUUCCUCUGUUAAUCCCUCACAACCUCAACCUCUAGUAGGCCAUCAUCGUGAAGAGACACCUUUUGUACCAUCCCAGAAUUAUCCACCACCAAGCAUCCGCCAACCUCCUCAUCCAUCAAGUGGAGCCCCUCCAUCCCAGCAGUUAUAUGCAGCUCCCCCUAAUAUGUUUGAGCCCCCACCUAGCAGACCUGGUCCCGGAUAUUCUGGUGUAUAUCCACCAUCCUCUGUGCAUGGUGAACCUUAUCCUUAUAGCAGUUCCCCACGUCAGUAUGGCAGUGGCUCCUCAAUGAAACCACCUCAAGUUAACUUACCUGCAAUGGGCCAGAGUGGUGGAAGUGGCUAUCAGCAGCUCCCCACUGCAAGGAUAUUACCUCAAGCACUACCUACGGCUUCUGCUGUUAGUAGUGGGUCUAGUUCUCCCAGUACUGGUAAUAGGGUUCCUAUUGAUGAUGUUGUUGACAAAGUGACGAACAUGGGAUUUUCAAGAGACCAAGUAAGGGCAACGGUGCGGAGGUUGACUGAGAGUGGACAGGCUGUCGAUUUGAAUACAGUGUUGGACAAGUUGAUGAAUGAUGGAGACGUUCAGCCACCACGAGGCUGGUUUGGUCGGUAGCAUGUAUCCUCUUGUUCAAGUUCCUGUAUAGAAAUCUGAGUUCAAUGUCUAAAUUUGCAAAAAUUACUUUGCUUGGAUUUAAGCGGCAUUCUUUACUGGUUUAACGUUCUGCUUCUGACUGCUGAAACUUUAUUCUUGUGCUCGCGAGACAGAUUUGUUAAUGUGUUUUGCUUUUUCCUUUCUUUUUUCUUGUACAGGACCUAAAAAUUACUUUCAUUUCCUUCUGCUCAACUGUGUUUCACUUUGUAUCA